UGCUCCAAUAGCUAAGAAUCAUUUUCCUCAUCAACCAAUACAAUAUAAGUAGCAAGCCCCAUGUUCAAAGAUUUGUAAUCUUUUUUACAAAUCUCAAUUUUUUUUUAAAAGAAAAUAUAUUUUCCACUUUUUUUAUUUUAUUGAACUUUCCCAUUGCUUGCCUUGUAAUUCAAAAAAAAAAAAAAAAAAAUCAUCUUGGAAAUUUGGAGAGAUUUGGUCAGAUCUUGCUUUGUGAGUUGUGGAGAUUUUGUUGUUAUUUUUACUUCUAUACAAAGGCAAUAACUUUCCCCUUUUUCUUCAACAAACUCAACAUAUUCUUUUCUAAGAAUAAUCAAGAAUCCCAUCAUAAAAAGAAACCAACUUUUUAUUUUCUUCUUAUUUGAAAGCUUUGUGUUCUUUUUUUUUCUUUUUUCAUUUUUGUGGAAAAAAUUUGGAGCAAUGGGAAUGGCAGCUACAGAGUCACAGUUCCAUGUUUUAGCUGUUGAUGACAGUGUUAUUGAUAGGAAGCUUAUUGAGAGGUUGUUGAAAACUUCUGCUUGUCAAGUUACAACAGUAGAUUCAGGAAGUAAAGCUUUAGAAUUUCUUGGUUUACAAGAACAUGACAAGAAUCAAACAAAUCAACCUUGUGUUACUCUUGAUAACCAUCAGGAAGCUGAAAUCAAUCUUAUUAUCACAGAUUACUGUAUGCCUGGGAUGACUGGUUAUGAUUUGCUCAAGAAAAUUAAGGAAUCUUCAUCUCUGAGAAACAUACCAGUGGUCAUUAUGUCAUCUGAAAAUGUUCCUUCAAGAAUCACUAGAUGCUUAGAAGAAGGCGCAGAAGAAUUUUUCUUGAAGCCAGUAAGAUUAUCAGAUGUUAACAAACUCAAACCCCAUAUGAUGAAAACCAAAUGUAAAAGUCACAAACAACAACAACCUGAGACAAUCAUCACAGAAACAAAUCAAGAAUCAAUAGACAUUGCAUAUGUUGUUCCACCACAAGUACCACAAACAGAAUCAGACAACACAGUACUACAACAACAACAACAAUCACAAGCCAAUAGUAACAACAAGAACAAGAGAAAGGCCUUAGAAGAAAGUCUAUCACCAGACAGAACAAGACCAAGAUUCAGUAGCCUUGCUGCUAUUUAAUCUAAUGAUGAUGCAUAUAUUAUAAAAGUUUUAAAAUUUGCCAAAGUAACUCUUAUAGUAGUAUUUUUAGGUUAAUUCUUUUUUGUAUUUUGUUAUAUAAUGUUUUCUUUUUCUUGUUACUUACAUGACAUGGAUAAUACAGUAUUAAAGUGACAUGUAAAAGGUCUAUACACAUUUCACAUGGAAAAGUUUCAGCCA